AUAUCUAUUAUAUCUAUCUGUUGAUUUGUAUUGGUUCACCAAAUACUAGUUAUUUUAGAGGAGGUGAAAAACUGUAUCAUCCAGCUUCUACAUAAUUUCAUUCAUAAUUCUAAAACUUAUUAGGGAUAUCCGUCUCCAAUGGCAGUGGUCAAAGAUGAUCAACAAACUAGCAAAAAGAAAGAAACUCCUGAAUCAGAGGAUGAUAAAAGGAGAAAAAAGAUGGUUCCAGGUGGUUUAAUGAAGGCCAUGAUCCGACCUGGUGGUGGUGAUGCCAUGCCUUCUGAUGGUGAUCAGGUCAUAUAUCAUUCUACUAUCCGGACACUAGAUGGCGUGGUUGUUCAGUCCACUCGCUCGGAAUUUGGCGGCAAAGGCACCCCAAUAAGACAGGUUUUGGGUAAGAGCAAAAUGAUAUUAGGACUGCUAGAAGGAAUUCCUACAAUGCAGAAGGGUGAAGUUGCUGUGCUAAAAAUGAAGCCUGAAUUGCACUAUGGCGAGGAUGACUGUCCAGUUUCUGUUUCUGAUAGCUUUCCGAAAGAUGCUGAACUUAAUUUUGAGAUAGAGCUGAUAGAGUUUUCUAAAGUCAAGGUCAUAACUGAAGAUUUGGGAAUCUUGAAGAAGGUUAUAGUUGAGGCACAAAGUUGGGAGAAUCCGAGAGAUCUUUAUGAAGUAAAAGCAAGAAUUUCUGCCAAGUCGGGGGAUGGACAUUCGCUUCAAUUACAUACGACUGCUGAACCAAUUCUGUUUACUUUUGGACAAUCUGAGGUACCUAAAGGUCUUGAAAUGGGUAUAGGGACAAUGUCACGGGGAGAAAAAGCCACGAUCUAUGUUACAAGUCAGUACUUAAGCCAAAGCCCUCUAAUUCCCUCCAUAGAUAGUAUUGAAGAAGUUCACUUUGAAGUGGAGCUGAUCCAUUUUAUUCAGGUAAGGGAUGUGCUAGGAGAUGGAAGGCUAAUAAAACGUCGCAUAAAAGAUGGAAAAGGUGAAUUUCCUAUGGACUGCCCUCUCCAAGAUAGUCGACUACGUGUCCAUUACAAAGGCAUGCUUGUUAAUGAAGAAAAGACAGUUUUCUAUGAUACAAGGACUGAUAAUCAUGGCCAGCCUUUGGAGUUCUCCUCAGGAGAAGGGCUUGUACCUGAAGGUUUUGAGAUGUGUGUUCGGCUGAUGUUGCCUGAGGAGAUAUCACUAGUAACUUGUCCCCCAGAUUAUGCAUAUGACAAGUUUACCAGGCCAGCUAAUGUUCCUGAAGGUGCACAUGUUCAAUGGGAGAUUGAACUUCUAGGUUUUGAAAUGCUUAAGGACUGGACUGGCAUGGAUUUUAGAGCCAUUAUGGAUGAUGUUGAGAAGACCAAAGGAACGGGUAACAGGCUAUUCAAAGAAGGAAAAUUUGCACUUGCCAAAGCAAAGUAUGAUAAGGUUUUACGGGAGUUCAAUCAUGUCAAUCCUCAAGAUGACGAAGAAGGAAAAGAGUUUGCAAAUACAAGAAACCUGUUGAAUCUGAAUGUGGCGGCCUGCUACCUGAAGAUGGGGAAUUUUCGAAAGUCAAUAGAGACAUGUAAUAAAGUAUUAGAUGCGAAUCCUGUUCAUGUGAAAGCACUUUAUAGAAGAGGUAUGGCUUACAUGGAGGCUGGUGAUUAUGAAGAAGCUAGGAAUGAUUUCAACAAGAUGAUGACCAUAGACAAGUCAUCAGAAGCAAAUGCAAAGGCGGCCCUGCUUAAAUUGAAGCAGACAGAGCAGGAGGUAGAGAAGAAAGCUCGCAAGCAAUUCAAAGGACUAUUCGACAAGAAGCCUGGUGAGAUAUCAGAGGUAGGACUAGAUGAUAAAGUUAACGAAACCACAGUCAAAGAGGACAAAGAUGCCCAAGAGCGGUUAAUUUCUUAUCAGGAAGAGAACGAUGGCGUUGAAGAUGAACCACCAGCUCCACCUCCUGCUCGUAUGGGUUCUUUUUCACGGUUGUUGAACAGUAGUAUGAACUUAUUCAAGUCUCUCGGGGUAAACAGAUGUUCUAUAUUAUAAAUGAUAAGUCUUCUAACCCCGAAAUGAGUGUAGAUGGUUAGCUUCAACAAAUGAAAGAUUAUAAGCGACAUAUUUACAGGAUUCAAAUGGUUUGUCCUAAAGCAAGCAUGUGUAAUAAUCUUUGUUUUGGAGUUAGAAUGGCUAAAACUUUCUUGCUCUUAUGUUAGACUCUUUUGUAAAACACUUGAUCUUAUUAUUAUCUAUAUAUUCAACCCACAUUGGUUUCCA